AUGGAUACUCCCUUUGGCUCCCCUGUUCCCUACGCUGAGCCGCAGUGGUACUCACGAGACUGCUCCCCAUACCAUGAUGAAUCCCAUAAGAAACUCCGCGCGUGUGUUCGAGAGUAUGUGGAGAUGGAGCUGAUGCCCUAUGCUCACGAAUGGGAAGAACAAGGCUUUGUCCCGGAAGAAGUUCGUUAUUUAUCAUAUUCCUUUUCAAGUAAAGAUGGAUCAAAGGCUUCAUCUUUCAGUACGACCAUCAAGAGAUUUGCGAGACGUGGCUUCUGCAUCAUAGACAGAUCUAAGCCGGAGUACAUGGGCGGAGUCAGCCUGCCAGCAAACAUUGAACCAGCGAAAUGGGAUGUCUUCCACACACUGAUCGUUGCUGAUGAGUUGAAUAGAGUGGGCUACAGCGGACCUAUCUGGGGCCUAAAUGGCGGGAACAGCAUUGGAUGUCCCCCAAUUAUGAAUUUUGGAACCGAGAAGCAGAAGCAGGAAUAUUUACCAAGAGUUGCUCGUGGUGAUAUAAGAUUCUGUUUAGGGAUCACUGAGCCAGACGCGGGGUCCGAUGUCUCCGGGAUCAAGACCGUGGCAAAGAAGGUUGGUGACCACUAUAUCGUCAAUGGAGCAAAGAAGUGGAUUACCAAUGGCAUCUGGGCGGACUACUGCACUGCUGCCGUUCGAACCGGUGGACCUGGCCACGGAGGCAUAUCCUUCCUUAUUAUCCCCCUAACAGCUGAGGGAGUCACGAGAAGACGAAUGUUCAACUCCGGUGUCCAUGCAAGUGGCUCUACUUUCUUGGAAUUUGACGAUGUUGAAGUACCAGCAGAGAAUCUCAUUGGUAAGGAGAAUGAAGGAUUCAAGUAUAUCAUGUCCAACUUCAAUCCAGAGCGCCUAAGCCUGGCAAGUGCUUGUAUUCGACUCUCACGCGUCUGCGUAGAGGACGCGUUCAAAUAUUCUACGACGCGGGAGACCUUCGGUCAACCUCUGCUGGCUAACCAGGUAAUCCGAGCAAAAAUCAGUAAGAUGGGCCAGCUAAUCGAGCCUUGUCAAGCGUUUAUGGAUCAACUAGCAUAUACCAUCAAAUCGUCUGAGCAAGCUGGGCAGAAAAUCGAUAUUGGAGGGAUGACUGCUUUGCUGAAGGUUAUGAGCACACGCUGCUUAGAAAAGGUGUGUCGUGAGGCUCAGCAAAUUAUGGGGGGAGCUGGGUAUAAUAAGGCCGGUAAAGGGUCAAGAAUUGAGGCCAUCAGCCGUGAUGUCAGGGUGUAUGUUGUUGGCGGAGGAAGCGAAGAGAUUUUGAGAGAUCUUUCUGUUCGAGAGGAGCUUAAGCAUAUGCGUAAAGUCAUGGAUGCGCAGAAAAGAGCCAAGAUAUAA